AUGGAGAAGCCGCCAGCGCCGGAAAAGCCCUGCAUCUCUUCUGCCGGCUCCUCCUUGAGGAUCUCGUGGAAGAUCCCGGAGGUGGAGAAGGAGGUGACGGCCUCCACGUUGAAGCUGCGGAUACGGGGCAGCACCAGGCUUCAGAACUACGACCACAGCACCGGGCGCCUGGUGCCCAAGGGCGGCUCCACCGUCCCCGCGCCCACGUGCGAGAUCAGCGUGGAGGGCUGCGAGGAGGGCGUGGAGUAUGAGGCAGUCCUGGCAGUCAUGAACAGUGAGGGCUGGAGCGAGCCUUCGCCCUUCAGUGAGCCCGGAUACUACGGGAUGGAGCUGAAGCCCCGGGAGAAGCCCCCGAAGCCUACGGCGCCCACUCUGACGGCGCUGGGCAAGGGCAAGCUGAGGGUCUCCUGGGCCGUGCCCAGCGUGUCUCCGCCGGUGGAGGCUACCCAGGUGCAGCUCACGGACGUUGGCACAGGAAAGAAGAUGCUGGUGGACGGCAGCGGCUCCUUGGUCAUCUCCGGGCGCACCACCUUUGCCGCAAGCCGCACAGAGGUGAACAUCAACGGCGUGCAGGACUGCGUCGAGUACUCCGCGGAGAUUUGCUGCCGCAACGCCGAGGGCUUUGGCGAGUACUCCAUGGCCAGUGAUAGCGUCGCCAACAUCGAUGCCAAGGGCGAGAUCGGUGGCAUGCAGAUGGUGAUCCACGAGAGCGCCGCCACCGACGUGCCCGUGAUGGUGCCGCAGGGGGACGGCAAGAUCAAGGUGAAGUGGACCCUCCCGGAGGAGGCGAAGCAGACGAUUGUGAAGCUCCGACGCGUGGGCAACCAGAACUGGUACCUGUGCACCGGGGGCGCCAUCCCGGCGCCGGCCAGCGAGACGGUGGCCGCGGGCCUGGAGGAGGGCAUCGAGUACGAGGCCAUGGUGUCCUUCCUCAUCAACAACCGCUGGUGCUGCGAGUCGGCGAUCAGCAAGCCGGCCUGCAUAGGGGAGCUGAAAUUGCCCUCGCCGCCAGUGGCACCCAAGGAGCCGCGGUUAUACGUCAUGGACGUGAGCCAAGGCAUGAUGAGGGUGAGAUGGCAGUACUUCAGCAGUGUACCCCCGCUGACCGGGGCGCUGGUGCGGUUCCGCGCCGUGGGCGCGCGGAAGUGGCUCUUCGCGCACCCCAGCAAUGGGGCCCUCAUGGAUGUUGGCCCGGAGAAGGAGCCGGAGCUCAUUCCGUACCCUCAGUGCGACGUGACCGUGCGCGGGCUGCCCCUGGGCAUCCGAUUUGAAGCCUGCGUCGCCUUCAGGAACAAACUGGGCACCGGGCCCUUCUCCAAGGAGAGCGAGAUCGGGCACAUAGGCAUGCUGGCGGCGCGACUGCUCAAGUGCACGUACUGCUUCCAGGACUUUGACCUGCAGACCGCGGAGUAUACCCGCGCGCUGGAGAACUUCUGGUGCCCCUUGUGCCGCUUCAGGCACCUGGACCCUUUCAACGCGAUUAUAGAGCCCGGCGGCAUGCUGCGGCACCACAUGUUCAUGCGGCCCAGCGUCACCUUCAGCCUGGACUUGCCGGAGCUGAAGGCUUGGCGAAAGGAGGAGCAGAGCAUUUUCAUCAGGUGCAUCAAGGUGAACAGCGACCUCACCACCCAGGUGUGGCCCACCAGGUUCAUCAUGGUGGCCAACGGCGCGGAGGUCUUCAGAAUAGAGCCGCCCGAGGAAGGUCACGUCCGCCGCGAUGCGCGGAGCCCGAGUGUGGGGCAACGGGAGCUGGGGGCUGCCUAG